UGGUGCUGAGUCUCAUGACAGCUUCUCCUUGAAGACACACCCCUGUGAGUCUGGAACCUGGUCUGGAUCCCCGGCCCUGCGCUGCUCCCCUCCUUCAGCCUCAUUAUGUGACUCUCUGCUCGGCUGCGGACCUCCAGGACGAACCGACUCCUUCCCGCCAUGGCUUCCACCCCGUCCGCCUCGGCCCUGUCCGCCGUGCUCCGCUGCAGGGGGAACAUCUGGACCCGGAACCCGCCGACCAAGCGGCCUGCCUCGGCGGCGUACAGCCUCGGACUGGCCGGCGGGCCGCUGCGCGACUCCCCGGCGGAGCGCGGCGGAUCCUCCCGCGGGUCCGAGCGGAGGAUCCUCCGCCUGGUGUCGGCCGCAGGGCUCUCUGUCUGCUGCAAGGGGGACAGUGAAGCUCCGGCAGAAGAAGUUUUUAGGAAAAAUCAUAAAUUAUCUUCCAAACUUUCACAAUCCCCGGCUUGUGGCGCCCCCAGCGGCCAAAAGGCGCCACUGCAGCAGAGAGAAGACGUCUUCUCCAAAAUAAUUCACAUCAUUGUCCCUGAAGCGCCAGAGAGGAUAUGUCUGCAGGGCUUCAUUCAGCUUCCAGCCGGAGUCCUGAAGCUCUCCGUCUCCAUCAGCUCUGGGUUGAAGGUGCAAAACCCGGGUUCUUCCCUCACCUGGUUCAUUUUCUCAAAACCACAGAUGAAGAGCGGCGGCACCGACCCAACACAGGAACACACGUGCAGUUCUGGCCGGCAGGUGACCCAUGACCCCCCUGACUGAGGGCCAAGCAGCCAGACUCCAGCCCAGCAUCGAUCUGCUUACCUUCACUCACAGGUUUGGACUUCAGCCUGCUGGCGCCGUCAGGACACGCGUCGCUUCAGCUCCCGCUGAACGCAGUCAGGAAACAGCAAACCAGCGGAAAACACGAUCUGAUGACAUUCAAACAGUGUGCUUGUUUUCCUUCGCACUGCACAAAAAUC